AUGUUUUUGAGAUGGUCACUCUGGAUGUUGUUGAGGUUGGAGCUCUUGAUGCUGUUGUUUGUUGUUGACUCCUCCAGGGGAAUAGGCCAAACAUAUAAGUUGAUAGUUGACGAUGAUUAUAACCUUCAUGAAAUACCGAGGACAAAGGAUAGACAACCUCUAUUAGUGUCCGCAUCUAUCAAUGUCAGAAAUAUUUUGGAGGUUGACGAGAGGAAUCAGCUGGUAUCUUUAGAAACAACAUUAAGAUUAUUUUGGAAAGACCCAAGAAUAAAACCAAAGAGAGAAUACCUGCAAAGUUUUGACAGCCGAGGGAAUUAUACCAAUCUUCAUCCUUCCUUGGCAGAUAGAAUAUGGAUGCCAGAUAUAUUCCUAGAUCAUGCCAAAACUCUUCGUACUCCGACAUUCUUCACUAAACCAUCCUCGUUAAGAGUGUAUAACGACAACACUAUCAGAUAUUCUGCAAGGAUAAAUUUUGAUGUUGCGUGUAACAUGAACUUUAGAAACUACCCAGCUGAUGAUCAGUCCUGUGAGCUAAAGUUUGAAUCCUUUGGUCUCCAGUCAAAUCAGAUUCACUUUGCCUGGAUUCCUGACAGUAUCAAUGUUAACAAAAAUAUCUAUCUAUCACAGUUUGUCUUCAUGGCAUGGAUUCUUUAUUAGCAGAUUGGGUAUAUGUUUAACUUAAAGGAGGUGUUUGCGAGAAAUAAAUGGGGGCAUAGGCUUGCGGCAAAAAA